UCCUCCUCCUUUUCUUGCUGGUCGUCUGUUUCUGUUUGGAUAUUUUUCCGCUGGUUGUUAUAAUGCCCGUCUGAGCGCACCUAUACCUGUCCGGGUGCAGUUCUCAUCCUCGUCCAGUCGCUUCUGAUCGUCGGUGUCCAUCGGUCGUGUUUAUAUUCUUGUCCUUUUAACAGCUUCUUCUCCCCCCAACAGCAAAAUUCUUAUAUUGGCUUAUAUUUGGCUGGUCAAAAAUUUCGUUGGUGCGUUGAAAUUUCUUCUCUCCGGUUGCCUUGCGCUCGCUCGACCAUCCGUUGUGUGUUUGUGUGCGUGUUAUUCCGGCAGCAAAGCAAAGCAAAGCAAGCGUGAUUAUAUUUAUAUCUCUUUGCUAUACAUCUUAUAAUAGCCCAGCAACAUGUUGUUUCUACCCAGCGUGAGCGUGUUGUUGUUGGUUGUCGUCUUGUGUGCUUCGGCCAACGCAGCUAAUACGGCCUUAGGAUUACGGGCAGCUUCGUGCCAACAGGAUUCCCUGACACGGUGCACCGACCCGCUCAAAGUCCUGACCAACAACCGAGACCUCGGCUUCGCCGCCUCCCAGCAAGAGCUCAACACCCUCUGCCCGAAAUUGAUCGACGGUUUGAGAUGCAUCGACAAUUUCACGUCGCGCUGCCUGGACGCCCAGCAUCGUGAAUUCUUCCACAUGCUCUACGCCGGCACCAAGCAGGUCAUUGUCGAUUUGUGCGAAGACGAAGAUUACCAAAAAGAAUAUUUGAUGCACGCUCCGUGCAUGAGAGAUGUCCAGUCGGGAUACGAGCGAUGCGCCGUCGAAUACCAGAGUCACGUGCGGGAGCACAGCAGCAGCAACAACAACCAGGCCAACGGGGCAGCAGCCACUCUGGGCGGAGGUCCCACCGUCGUCGAUGACCCAGUUGAGAAUUCCAAAAAACUCUGCUGUUCGUUCCAAAAUUACAUGAAGUGCUCCCAAGCAGUUGUCGCCGGCACGUGCGGAGUUCAAACUGCUUCAUUCACACGGGGAUUCCUGGACACUAUGGCCGGCCCAUUGAUCCAAGGAUAUUGUCUGAGUUACGAGCCCGGAACCGAGCACGAAAUCGAUUGCGAACAGCCAACGCCCAAAGUCGAUCCGUCGCUGGCCACUUACAACAAUUACGAGCCGUCCGAGCAGGCGCUGGAUCGCAGCGACGGAGUGGAGUCGGAGCAGCCGCGCAGCGUCGACGAGACGGAAUUCGUGUCCUCUCGUCAACAUAAUCAACAACAACAACAACACGCAUCGUCGUCGUCGUCGUUGUUGUCGUCCCGAGGCGUCGUCUCUUCGUGGCCCGUCCUCACGCUGCUCCUCCUCCUGGCGCCCGUCUCUUUCCUCCACUCUAUUUAGAGCCCCGACGUCAUCCGCUUCUUUCUUAUUUAGAUUUAUUUAUUUAUACGGAGAGAAAAAAAAGAACAAUCUCGGUUGAUUAUAUAAGAUAUGAUGAUGAUAUCGUGGAGGUUUAUUAUAUCAUUUUUGAAAAAAGAAAAUCAAACAAAUUAUUAUUAUUAUUAUUAGUUAUAUAAGAAUUUUAUUGUUAAAGUGAUGAUGGAUUGGUAUACCAUGGGGGAUGGCAUAUAGUGAAAACUCUUCUUUUCCCUGUUGAAUUAUUAUUUACCUUCUUGUAAUUUUGUUUUAUGUUUUUUUUUUAAAUCUCGAAACUGAAUGAAAUCGAACUUUGUGUAAUUUAAUAACGCCUAAUAACUAUUGGAAUUAAAAUACAAGAGACACGCACCGAAUUGAGGUGCUGCAUAAUUAAAGAAA